AUGACUACAACUGAGAAACUCAAGUCCCGUUUCCCUGAUCUCAACUUCGUGAAGCCACUGCCAGUGGACAAACACCCAAGGUAUGAGAAAUCAGGCAUCAAGUUCAGUCCGAACAAGCGCACCGUGCUGCCCAAAGGACAUGUCAAAGAGGAUGGCCGCAAGAAGGUUCUUGCAGACACCCUAUUAAAUAGCGACACUCCAAUCAAACUACGAGAUGGAGUCCAUGUGUACGCUGAUAUUUUUCGACCGGCCAAUUCUGAUGAGCAUCCCGUCCCCGCUGUUAUUUGCUGGAGCCCAUAUGGAAAGACCAGUAUUAGUCUUGAUAUGAUUUGGCAUCGCGCAGGAGUCCCCAAGGAUUGGACGUCUGGUUAUGAGACAUUUGAGGGUCUCGAUCCUGCAGAAUGGACCCGCCGAGGAUACGCAAUUGUAAAUGUCGACGCUCGCGGGGUGCAAUUCUCAGAGGGUACAUACUUCUUCUGGGGUGACCAAGAGGCCGAGGAUAUUCACGAUACGAUCGACUACUUGUCCAAGCAGCCAUGGUGCAACGGGUCUGUCUGUAUGGGUGGGAACUCGUACUUGGCGAAAGCCCAAGUAAGUUUUGCCUCUAGGCAGUCUCAUCCUGCAUUGAAGGCACUUGCUCCGUGGGAGGGAUUUACAGAUAUUUAUCGACAAUUGUACCUCCGCGGUGGAUUUUCCAUGAACAAUGUCUUCGCUGCGCAAUACCAAUGGGGGGUAGCUGGUGAAGAGGGUGUUGAGGAUGUUGCGCAAAUGGUGAAGACACAUCCUUUGUUCGACGAUUACUGGGCCCAGAAAUAUGAUGAAGUCUCGAACAUCGAUGUCCCACUUUACGUAUUGGGAUCUUUUGGUAACCCAUUCCAUGUUUACGGAUCGUUCGAUACCUUUCGGCGCGCAAAGUCUACACACAAAUGGAUGCGAGUUCACGCUCGUUUCGAGUGGUAUGAAAUGUACGAGCCCAAGUCGAUCGACGAUUUGCAGCGAUUUUACGAUCGGUAUGCCAAGGGAAUCAUGAAUGGCUGGGAAACAGAUACACCACCACUGCGUCUUUCUCUUCAUGGUUUUGGAACCGUGCCGAAUAUUGUUGAAAGAUCGGAAAUCGGGUUCCCACUGCAACGCCAACAGUUGAGGACAUAUUACCUGGAUACCAGCGUUAAGAGAUUGAAGUCGCUUCUUCCGCCCAAUGAGGCUGUUGCGUCCUACGAUAGUCAAGACUUGAAUGCGUCUUCGGACUUCACUAUCCAUUUCGAUGAAUACACCGAGAUUGCCGGGUAUGCAAAAGUGCGGCUAUGGAUGUCGUGCGAGGAAAAAGACGAUAUGGACGUUGUCGUCCAACUACGGAAGAUUGACAGCUCUGGAAACCCUUUAAAACAAAUUCAUUUCCCAUGUCCUGCACCGGAAAAUGAGGCACCGGAAGGCGAAACCGUGAAGCUCUAUGGACCUCAGGGAUUUCUUCGGGCCUCUUCCAUAAUAUCUCGUGACGUGUCACGGACCAGUGCUGAUGGGCAAGAAGUUUUCUAUAGACAUGACCAGGAGGAAAAGGUUCCACGGGGAACUAUCAUUCCCCUGGAAAUCACACUUUGGCCGAUGGGUAUGGUUUUCGCAGCUGGCGAAGGGAUCAAACUCUCUGUUGCAGGGCAUUUUUUAAGCGCACCGGCUACGCCAGCGAUUCAGCUGGAGAAGCUUAAUAAUGAAAACUUAGGACAACAUCUGGUUCACACUGGUGGAAAACAUGAUUCAUGUCUCAUACUUCCUGUAAUUGCAGGAAAUCGAACAUGA